GCUUCAAGUGGCGAGUCCAAUUCCAAUUCCCGUAUUGCCAGUGAAGCCCGAGAACUUCACUGUUGGAUUAAUGAGUCCUGUCCGCUUACACACCAGGCUAAUGAACUUGGGCCCCCAGCUGAUUGCCUAUUCAUUUCCCUUCCUUCGCAAUCGGAACUCUCGUCCAAUUCUGCAAUUCAAGUCUCCUGGAGACGCCAAGUCUUCGAGAGAUUACAACCACAUAUCUUUAGAGUGACCUGGCGUCUUAUGCAUUCUUGUGUUAACUUCAAAAGUACAAUUGAUUCGGUCAAAGAGAGCACAAGUAAUAUUCUUGAGCUUUCUGUUCCUGAACCUAUGAAUCAGGACGCCUGGGGCGAGUUAUACAAACAUAAAAUAGACAACCUUCCAAAUGAUUGUAAAAUAAUCGUCUCCGUAGUUGGCGUUAUCAAGCAGGAAGCCAGAACUCUCGUAUCUCCAGCCUGCCAAGAUCAACUAUUAACGGGUGCAGGAGAUAAAGGCUCUGGAAUUGGCAUUUGA